UUACGAAAAUCAUACAUGAAAAAUUUUACAGGUAUUUUGUGCCGAAAAAAAUAGUUUUAAUUGGAACUCAUGUAAUUUCUGUAAAAUGUUGAUUUAGUACAGAGAUGUGUAUGCAAUGGCUGUGGUGCAACGGGAUGAUAAGUCGUACCGUGCAUGUUGUGUGUAAACCGUAGAAGUGGUAUUGUUAUUUUAAUUGGCGUGUCCAUUGUAAGGUACAGCUAACGCAAACAGAACGUAUUUCCUUCCCGUAUGGCUGCCUAUCUUAACCGCACUAUGUCCAUGAUGGCUGGCGACGGGCCCCACAACGUUGCGAUGAACAAUGGUACUGUCCGCGUGAAUAUGUCCAAUGUGGACUCUCCUCUGCAGAUAUUUGUGAGGGCCAAGAAGAAGAUAAACGACAUAUUUGUUGAAAUUGAUGAUUAUGUCAAGGAUGCUGUCAGUUUUAUGCAUGCUGUAUCAGGUGACAAUGGCAUCGCAUCAGUGCAAGAUGUGGCAAAUGUUGAGGCAUAUGUCAGUAAAGUUCAGGCAAUACGGGAAGUCCUCAAGCGAGAUCACAUGAAAGUUGCGUUCUUUGGCAGGACAAGUAAUGGCAAGAGCACAGUUAUCAAUGCUAUGUUGCAUGACAAAAUUUUGCCGAGUGGCAUCGGGCAUACAACAAACUGCUUCCUACAAGUGGAAGGCUCCGACACAGACGAGUCCUUCAUGAGGACUGAGGGCUCUGAGGAGAAGCUUAAUGUUCAGUCAGUAAGCCAGCUCGGACACGCCCUGUGCGCGACGAGGCUUCAGGAGUGCUCGCUGGUGCACGUGUACUGGCCGCGCGAGCUCUGCGCGCUACUGCGAGACGAUGUGGUGCUGGUGGACAGCCCAGGAGUCGACGUGACGCCCAAUCUGGACGAGUGGAUCGACAAGUACUGCCUCGACGCGGACGUGUUCGUGCUCGUCGCCAACGCGGAGUCCACGCUCAUGGUUACGGAGAAGAAUUUCUUCCACAAAGUAUCAACGAAAAUAUCACAACCGAACAUUUUUAUAUUGAACAAUAGAUGGGACGCCUCCGCUUCAGAACCAGAGUACCUGGAUCAGGUUCGAAGUCAACACGCGAACAGAUGCGUGGACUUCCUGUCCCGGGAGCUGCGCGUGUGCUCGCCCAAGGAGGCCGAGGAGAGAAUCUUCUUCAUCUCGGCCAAGGAGGCGCUGCUCACGCGCAUGCGCGAGCGAGAAAAACCUGUCUCUUCUCCCAUCCUCGCGGACGGGCAUCAAGUGCGAUACUUCGAGUUCGUGGACUUUGAGCGCAAGUUCGAAGAGUGCAUCAGCCAGUCGGCCGUGCGUACCAAAUUCGCGCAACACUCUCGCCGCGGCAAGAAUAUAGCCGGCGACGUAAUGAGCGCUUUGGAACAGGUGUACAGCACGUCCUGCGACCAGAAGUCCGCGAAGGUUGAAAAGCAACGCAUACUGCAGGAACAGCUGACCGCUGUGGAGGAACAGCUCACGGCCAUCACUCGCCAAAUGAAGGACAAGAUUGGACGCAUGGUCGAGAGUGUCGAGCACAAGGUGUCCCUAACACUGAGCCAAGAGAUCCGAAGACUGUCGGCACUGGUGGACGAAUACGAAUCGCCCUUCCGCAACGAGCGAGCGGCGCUCGAGCAGUACAAGCGGGCGCUGCACCGACACGUGGAGUCGGGGCUCGGCUCCAGGCUCAAGAAGCGACUGUCCUCUGACAUCGGCCAUGAGAUGGACGAAGCUCAGAAGGAAAUGGCAGAGCGCAUGUACAACAUCCUGCCGGCGCACAAGCGCGCGGCGGCCGCCAGUUGCAUCGUCCCGCACCAGCAGCCCUUCGAGGUGCUGUACCGGCUCAACUGCGACAACCUGUGCGCCGACUUCCACGAGGACCUCACGUUCCGCUUCUCCUACGGCAUCACGGCGCUCAUCCAGCGCUUCCAGGGCCGCCACGCGAACAAGAUUGCGCUCAAGAACCCGCCCACCGUCACGCAGAUCCCCCCCAGCAUGGGUCCCGCAGCGCCCUCUAUGGAGGUGUCGCGACUGAGCAACGGCCCCUCGGCAAUGGGCCCGCUCAGCGCCGAGGAGUGGAGCAUGAUAUCAAAGUUCGCGCUGGGCGCUCUGACGUCACAAGGCACCAUGGGGGGACUGCUUCUCUCUGGAUUGCUGCUCAAGACGGUGGGCUGGCGGGUGGUGGCGGUGACGGGGCUGGUGUACGGCGCGCUGUACGCGUACGAGCGGCUCACGUGGACGGCCAAGGCGCAGGAGCGCGUGUUCAAGCGCCAGUACGUGGCGCACGCGGGCCGCAAGCUACGCCUCAUCGUCGACCUCACGUCCGCCAACUGCAGUCACCAAGUGCAGCAAGAACUAUCGACAAUGUUCGCCCGUCUCUGCCGACUCGUCGACGAAGCGACGACGGAAAUGGACAUAGAGCUGACAGAAGUUAGAGAAGCAAUCAAAAUGCUGGACGAGGCCUCCACGUCGGCGAAGAAGUUGCGGAACAAGGCUAACUACCUGAGCCACGAGCUUGAACUGUUCGACGACGCCUUCCUCAAGCAUUAAGGGCUGGGAGCACAGAGAACAUUGAAGCUGGAGUCACUCGAGCCUGGGGAUGCAUUUCACUGUCAAUGGUUGACCAACUGGUGCCGAGCAGCUGAUUAAACGUUGGGUUAUUCUAGUGAUAUAGUGUAUACUUUGUUGAUAGGUCUCGACCGCAGCGGGUUUUCCAGAUAAGUGUAAAACCACAACAUCAAGAACAUACAGAAACCGUAUUCACGACUAAUAUUGAAGCUUCAAAACCACUUCUUUAGUUAGCUCACUCCAUUUAGCAGUUGACAGUAAUAAUUUUACCUCUAAUGUUCUGAAAGUUUACCAUAUAAUGGGGAAAACGGGAUAAGUUUUUGGCUUCCUUACUCGGGUGUGAAGUGAGACGUAAGCGAAGCGUUGUCACUGUUUUUGGACACAAUGCACUGCGUGCAAUAGUGGCUGAAUGUGGGUUCUAUAUGUUCUUAACUCUGUGUGUAAAACAGUACAAAGGGUAUCGUCAUUUUCUGUAAGCAAUUACGUGCUACCGUUUACAGCUACGCAAACGGUGUUACCGUACAAAUGUAUACUCUCACGUAGUAGGGAAGUUAGCUGGAUUUCUUUUUAUUAGAAAAAAAUUACGACGCCCUAAAUUAUAAAGACCAGAAUUUCAAUAAACCUGCCUGGAAAUUAAUUGAAGGCGUUUUAAAUCUGGCAAUAGUUCAACGUCAGAAAAACCUAUGGUUCGGGUGUGCGAAAGAUAUAGCGAGAUGUUCUCACUCUUUCUCGUAGAAACCGUAGGAAUCUAGCCUAUAAUCUCUGCGGAAAGUAGUCGUCGUCAAGCUCUCGUCACAAAGUUGCCCGGUAGCUGAUUUCGGGGUCACACGCCUAUUCCAUUUGCAUUACAUCCCAUUGGAUUUCUUUUUACUCCACUAAGGAUCUGCUUGGGUUUUCAACCUUCGUGGCGUUGACUUUUUGACGCUAUAAAAUAGGGAUGGCAAACCGCACACAACGUGUCAGUUUUGUCAAAGUUUUAUUUGAUUUGACCGUGACGUUGCCUAUUAACCUAAUUUGAUUGGUGCGGAAAUAACUUACCGAAUAAAUAUUUAGCGAUAACGUUUGUAAAAAUGUAACCCAAUGCAGAAAAUGUAUGUGUUAGAUAAAUAAAACUUAGUAUUAAAUUAUAGGCGCGAUUAGGCCGAGUGCUGAAUUGUUGUAAAUUUUAUUUUAUUUUAGUUUAAUGUCAAAAAUUAAAAGGGCAAAACUAGCGCGCUAUUUUUACUCAUGAAUAUAUUUGCUCCGGUAUUUUGUGUUUGAAUAUGUCCGUUUACCAUACUUGCUAUACACUUAUAUCAAUAAGAAAUCAUGUAUCGACCCAAUGAUUACCCUUAGUAUAAAAAUUGCGAUGACGAAUUAAAAAAUUUUAAUUAUGUUAAUGCGAAUGUUAAACGCUACAGUCGGGACUUUAUUGAUGUUCUGUUGUGUGCAUGACUUAUUUAUUGUUGAAAGCUGUUAUAGUCGUACUAAUUCUGUGGAAGGUGGUCUUGUUUACGUAUUUCUCAGCCCCUCAUACACACAAACACCUUAAUUAAUAAACGUGGCGCAACGUCAGAAUAGUAGCGCAGUGUUUUGUCACACUCCAACUGACAGCAACUGUCAAAUGCCAGAAUGUGACAAAACACUGCUUAUCUAGAUACUCCAACAUUAUAUGUACCACGGUUAAAAGAAUCCAUAUUUUAUAUUUAUGCCACCAUUUGAUGUACCUUUUUUGCUUGACUGGCACGUUGGCUCUGCGAGAUGAUCGCGCAUGCACCAUUUCAAUAUUAGCGCAGCAACUCGUGAUUUAUUUAUUGCCGGUUUUUUAAAAUUAAAUAUGAUGUGAUAAAUAAAAUGAGUAUUUUACAUGAUUGUCGCGAUGUAGGGUUUCCUUGAACGGCUUCUUUCUAGAAUAUUAUACGAUUUAAUAUAACUGAACACGAGUCAAGAUUCUUGCCGUUGCAUAUAGUUUGCAAUGCUAUUACAUUUUCCAGUGCGGGGUUGCCAUUCCAGCAUCCUGCGUUCAUAAGAUCUAUUGAACCUUUGAAUUUCCUAAUCUCCUGCGCAAUUUCUGACACUCCAGUUCUUUAUUUCGAUUUAAUCAGGUUCUAUCGUGUCUCCUGAAUUUUCUGAUCAAACCCAUAAAACCAGAAAGUGGGUUGAUGGAAAAGGGGGAUGGAUAAAUAGACAUACAUAACCAAACCACCGGCCAUCUUUUUGUUGUUGUCGUGUACCAUGUUUAUAAGUGUUAAUUUUAAUUUCCUGCCAGCACCUUUGAGUCAUGACAAAUAUUACCUGCAGAGCCACUAACUUGUCGCACGAGCGAAAACCUAGUGCGCAAUAUCGUCGCUUAGUAACAACACCGUGCCAGUCAAAUUAGCAUUGUUUUUAGGAGAAACAAUAAACCGCUUUCUUAUAAUUUUAUAUAAAAAUCGCAUUAAUUACCUGUCUAUUAUAAUGUUUAAAUAGAGAUUUUUAAAGUAGCUAUAAUGAAAGGUUUAAGUAAUAUUUGUUUUUAGCAUAAUAUAAUAAGACGAUGUUUUGUUUGUCCUGAAAAGUUUGGUAAUGUCGCUUGCGCGAUUUUAUUAGAUAAGACGAAAUAUAAAGAAUGUAUUGGACGAUAAGCGUGUCUCCGAUGUUUAGCGCAACGAAAUGCGACGUGGUUCUCGCAUGCAAAUAAUACUUGAUGAGCAGAGUCUUAGUCGCAAAUCAAACAAUUCAAAACUAUCGGCCGAUCCUUUAGUCCGUAGGUGGAGGUGACCCCGUAGCCUGGCACAGCCUAUGAAGGAUGUAUUGUCUACCAAAUACUGUUGAUAUUAAUAGUUGUGAUUUGUGAGAUAUAUGUGAUAUUCAGUUGUAGACCGAUCUGUAAACGGAAGAGUCUAAAAAAGUCUUUUAUUUUAAAAAUUGGCAAUUUACAAUUUGUGUUCAUAAGUUUUCGCGUUUAGAAAUGCCUCUUCUUUUUACUUUAAAACUGUUAAUUCAGUUUUGGUGUGCAACAAAAUUCAUAUUCCUUCGUCCUUAAAAGCGAUUUGAUUCCCCGUGACCUUGAGAUAAUGCCUCUAUGUAAGGUGAAAUUGUAUAUUCAACUUAUGUGUAGAAAUAUACUAACCCUCUGUAAAUUAGUUUUGUUGUUGUUGUUUUUUUGUAUAAAAGCUUUAUAAUGUUUAUUAGAAUAAAAUCACGUACACUCUAUAGGUUUCUCGGGUGUAGAUUUUUCUGUUAUAUGUUUGUUCUUUAUUGGAAUUGGCGUUAACCUGUCUGUUAAGCGUACAAGAGCGUUUAAUGAGAAACACUAUUGGAAUUCAUCACUCACUCUUUUGAUGAGUUUUCUCGCGAAAAGAUACACGCGAGAAUUUGCAGGAAGAUUCUCUAAAGAAUAUUACAGUACAGUACAGUACUGAGUACAAUUUCCUCAGAGAAUCACCUAACUAACAAAGUCCAAGAACUUGUUACGUUAUAUUAUCCUGUUAUUAUUAUACUUGUAUGAUAAUUAGAUAAAUUAUAAAAAAAUAGCAUCGAUAACAGAUGAAUAAAAUUACCCCUAUUUUGUAAAAAAUCAGGCCACUAUAUUGAAUAAAGAUAUUGUCAGCAGCGUGACUGUUAAGAUUUUUAUAUUUUUAAAUGGACAUAUUAUAUAGGAAACAAAAAACGUAACAUGCAACCGUAAUCUAAAUCUUCUAGUAAGUUUUGACUGAAUGAAUGAGUGUGGCGUAGCUUUAUGAGAUUUCCAUGUUAUUUUUUUUUUCAUUUGCGCUGUCUUUAUGGGCCUUGUUAAGGUCUAAUUAUUAGUGCGGCAUAACGUUGGAUAUGGAUAUAUUAUGAUGCAGUGUUUUUUCAUACGUCACUUCUAAAUACCUCCUUUUUCAGAGCGUGAACAAACUAGUCCAACGUUAUAAUAAUAAUAAUAUAAGUUUAAUUCAGGUAAGACCCAUCUCAAUAUACACGUUAAAGAAUAAAUUAAAUAAUUAAUUAUAUUAUAAAGAUCUAUAAAAGAUUGAAUACUAUUAAUAAAAACGAAUAAAAUAUAACAAAUUACCCCAAAAACACCCAAAACAAGUUGGUCACGUUUAUUAAUAAGACCCUAUUAGAUUACUAGAAGUUUAGUGUUACGUUCUUAAUAUGAGAUUAUUAAUUAAUCGUCAAUAUUAGUUAGCGCAACAAAGUUUAAUGUAAUGCCCAGAAGACUUAAAACAAUUAAUUGAAACACGAUACAUUGGCUUUAAUCUUUAAAUUAUAAUAUCUUAAAUUAAAAUUACAUAAGCUGAUACAGUCUUGUAAUUUUUAUUAUUGCUACAUAAUUCAAUAUUAUGGUUCCCAUCAAUAGGAAACAC